CUCCUCCGAGCCGGGCAGCCGCGGGCCGGGCGGGGGGCGGCCGGCAGCAUGUCGGGGGCCGCGCCGAGGACGGUGAUCUGCCUACUGCGCAGUGACCUGCGCUACCACGACAGCGAGGUACUACGCUGGGCUCAGAAUAACGCAGACUAUGUCAUUCCUCUCUACUGCUUUGAUCCAAGACAAUACCUAAGAACCUAUUACUAUGGUUUCCCAAAGACUGGGCCUCAUCGACUCAAAUUUUUACUGGAAAGCGUGAAGGAUCUAAGGCAAACACUCAAGAAAAAAGGAAGUAAUUUGGUGGUAAGGAAAGGGAAUCCAGAAGAUGUGGUUCAUGAUCUUAUUACGCAGCUGGGCACCGUGGCUGCCGUGGCUUUCCAUGAAGAGGCGACGAAGGAGGAGCUGGACGUGGAGAAGGCGCUGCAACGGGUGUGCGUUCAGCACGGGGUGAAGAUCCAAACCUUCUGGGCAUCCACUCUCUAUCACCGGGACGACCUGCCGUUCAGACACAUUUCCAGGUUGCCUGAUGUCUAUACCCAGUUCCGAAAAGCAGUGGAGGCUCAGGCCAAAGUCCGUCCCACUGUACAGAUGCCAGAUCAACUAAAGCCUCUGGCCCCAGGGGUAGAAGACGGAUGCAUCCCCGUGCCUGAGGAGUUUGGACAGAAGGAUCCCCUGACUGAUCCGCGAACAGCCUUCCCCUGCCGCGGAGGAGAGACCCAGGCCUUAAUGAGGCUUCAGCAUUAUUUCUGGGACACGAACCUGGUGGCAUCUUACAAGGAGACUCGAAAUGGACUGAUAGGAAUAGAUUAUUCAACCAAGUUUGCACCAUGGCUGGCGUUAGGUUGUAUUUCACCCCGAUAUAUUUAUGAGCAAAUCCGGAAGUAUGAAAAAGAGAGAACUGCAAAUCAGAGCACAUACUGGGUCAUAUUCGAACUCCUGUGGAGGGAUUACUUCCGAUUUGUGGCCCUGAAAUACGGGACAAGGAUUUUCUUACUGAAAGGACUGCAGGAUAAAGAGGUGCCUUGGAAGAAAGAUCCCAAGCUAUUUGAUGCUUGGAAAGAAGGAAGAACGGGGGUUCCUUUUGUAGAUGCCAACAUGAGAGAGCUAGCGGCGACGGGCUUCAUGUCCAACAGAGGGCGCCAGAACGUUGCCAGCUUUCUCACCAAGGACCUGGGGUUGGACUGGAGGAUGGGGGCAGAGUGGUUUGAGUACCUGCUGGUGGAUUAUGAUGUCUGCAGCAAUUAUGGAAACUGGUUAUACAGCGCUGGAAUUGGAAACGAUCCAAGGGAAAACAGGAAGUUUAACAUGAUUAAACAAGGCCUGGAUUAUGACAGCAACGGAGAUUAUGUCCGACUGUGGGUUCCAGAAAUACAGUGUGUAAAGGGAGGGGAGAUACACACUCUCUGGGCACUGAGCAAUGCAGCUCUCUCACAAGCUGGGAUAGCUCUAGGGGAGACCUAUCCACUGCCAGUCGUCCUGGCCCGGGAAUGGAGCAGACAUAUCAACCAGAAGCCUAACAAGAGAGACCACCCUCCGAGGGGAAGGAAAGAUCCCUCCGACACGCCAAGGCAACACAAGGACAGAGGGAUGGACUUUUACUUCUCUCGCAACAAAGAUUUAUCGUGAAGGCAGUCCCUGCACUUCUGGAGAAGUGACUGAUGUGGCUGCCGGCUGAGCACUCCAACUGACAAUGGUUACUAUUUAUGGCCAACUUCUCUCUCAUUAAUAUCUAAGUAAACCAAAGGUGACAUCCUGGACACAUUGAAGUCAAUGGAGUUUUGCCAUUGACUUCAACUGGAUCAAGAUUUUGACCUCUAAUCUUUAGGAAAUGGUUCUCUUUAUGAGCCAGCUAAUUGGGAUUCUGAAGGAAGCUGAAGUUCUUGGUCCUUUGUACUUUAAAGAAUCCCAUGACCCCUUUAACAAGAACAGAGGUGUUAACCUUGUAUUCUGGCCAAAUUCGAGUGGGUGGAAAUUACACCACUGAAAUGCCCCUCAAAAAUCAACUGGAUGUACUAAGGCCAGAUUCUCAGCUGAUAUAAAUCCGCAUAAUUCUAUUGAAACCAGUUAAGCUAUACUGAUUUACACCAGCUGAUGUUCUGACUUGGUAUUCUUCACUUCCUGCUUUAAACUGUUGCUGUGAGCUGUUAAGCAGCUAAUGUGUUCUGUCCCAGAGAUGGGUGAUGAGUGACUGGAUACACUAAUUAUAUAUGGGGAUCACUUAAGUUUGUAAAGUGCUUUUAGUUGAAAGGGGCUUCAUAAGUAGUAAUUAUUAACCAUAACGAUAGGGUCAUCUUGGUAUUGUCAAGUGGUCUGACUGCUUUUCCAGUGCCUUUGCUUUGUACUGGGGCUUAUAGUUAUUGUAGCCAGAUUUCUACCUCGUAUUACAGGCUGGAGAAGGUGUUCACUUUUUUUAUAUAUUGGAAAUGUGUAUACUGAAUGUGCUUAAGCUAACGUGCCUUAGGGUGUAGAACUUAAAAACGUUGAUCCAUAAUACAA